AUGUCUCCCAACGCCAAAAUUCUUACAAAUAUCACACGCAGAACAACUGGAACAAUAGCCCACCUCACAAUCUCCCGGCCAGCUAAAUUAAACGCCCUCAACACCCCUCUACUCGAACAACUCCCAAGAGCCUUCGAAGCAAUCACCGCCCAAAAUGAAGAUCUUCUCGGCAUAGUCCUCACAGGCGCAGGACCUAAGUCCUUCAUCGGCGGAGCAGAUAUAUCCGAGAUGGCCCAAUUAAACUCCCCUCCUGCUGCAGAGGCGUUCAUCUCGAAAGUCCACACGGCAUGUAAAAGUAUACGCAACUGCCCUGUACCAGUCAUCGGGCGCAUAAACGGGUACGCACUCGGCGCAGGGUUAGAAAUGGCAGCAUCCUGUGAUUUGAGGGUCGCAAGCUCAAACGCAGUGUUUGGAAUGCCAGAAGUUCGAAUUGGGAUUCCCAGUGUCGUUGAGGCGGCUCUUCUGCCUGGACUUAUUGGGUGGGGGCGGACGAGACAGCUUCUCAUGCUUGGGGAGAAUAUUGAUGCUAAAGAAGCGUUUCGGUGGGGUCUUGUUGAGAAGGUUGUCGAACCGGAUGAGCUGGAUGAUGCUGUGGAGAUUUGGUUGUCUCAACUAGAUAAGAAUGGACCCCUUGCUGUGCGAAGACAGAAAUCAUUGAUGCGGACCUGGGAGAAUGUUUCAAUGGAUCAAGCAAUUCAGGCCGGUGUUUCUGCGUUCAGGGAGGCUUUUGUUGCCGAAAAGGGAGAGACAACGGAGCCGGCGAGAAUGAUGGAGGCUUUCUUCCAGGCUAAGAAGACUUAG